AUGGGCAGCAUGUCUGUGGCCGGCCAGGCCGUGCCUGCAACCUAUCAUCUCCCAGUUCAGAGCCUGGUGCACUGCUGGAAAGGCCUGGCGAUCCGCUUGCAGGCAGAGCCUCUGGAGCCGUUCUACCUGCAGCCUGGCCUGCUCCGUCUUCAGAUCCUCGGACUUCGCACAUCCGGUGUGGGCACAGCUCUGCAGGCAAGAGAUGUCCACCAGAGUGUGGCCACUGACCAUCCAAGCAGUGCCCAGCCUGCUGUGCCCAAGGCUGGAGCCGUGGUCCCCAAGGCCACAGCGUUUCCCAGUAGCCGAGGCGAGUAUGUGGUGGCCAAGCUAGAUGACCUUGUGAACUGGGCCCGCCGGAGCUCCCUGUGGCCCAUGACCUUUGGCCUGGCCUGCUGCGCUGUGGAGAUGAUGCACAUGGCAGCGCCCCGGUACGACAUGGAUCGCUUUGGUGUGGUCUUCCGAGCCAGCCCGCGCCAGUCAGAUGUGAUGAUUGUGGCCGGCACACUUACCAACAAGAUGGCCCCUGCACUACGAAAGGUGUAUGACCAGAUGCCUGAGCCCCGUUAUGUGGUGUCGAUGGGGAGCUGCGCCAACGGUGGGGGCUACUACCAUUACUCGUACUCUGUGGUGAGAGGCUGUGACCGCAUCGUGCCCGUGGACAUCUAUGUCCCAGGCUGUCCGCCCACGGCCGAGGCACUGCUCUACGGCAUUCUGCAGCUGCAGAGGAAGAUCAAGCGGGAAAAGAGACUCAAAAUCUGGUACCGCAGGUAG